AUGAGUGUUUUGAAGCGAGCGGCGCUGCUGCUGCUGCUGCUGGCAGCGAUCGGCACAAACGCAGAUUCGGACCACAACGACUGUGACAUCCUGAAUAGAACGCUGGCAACAAAAGACCUGCACAAGAUUUCUGGGGAUUGGGUUCUGGUCUGGUCCGUCACUCACAAUGCCAGUGACGAAGACCUGCUGGUAAACCUCACCAGCUCCAAAGUGGAGCUCCGAAUCGACUCUGACAACACCACCAUCACGUACAAUGAGACCAACAUGCAUCAUGGUAAGGACUGUACUCAUUACUUCAUGAGGAUAUCGAUACCCUCUGACCCCUCCGACUCUGAACACCACACACUGCGCACCGCCGAUGAACAGAAGCUGAAGGACGGCAGUGUGACUCACUACAACAAGUCCAGCGAAGUGGAUCUCUUUGAGACCUGCUCCGACUGUCUGACCGUGGUCUACAAAGGCGCACAUGCCAAAUACUUGCUCAGCUACAAGAGGCACGGGCAUCAUAAGGAUGUUGAGCUGCUGAAAUCGGCCCACGACGAUCAUCAGAAACUGGCCAAGUGUCUGGGAUUCGAUCACGACGCCCCGUUCAACUACGACGGAGUCGCAGAGUUUUGUCCUGAUGCUAAAGCGUCCGCAGAGUAG